UAUCUUAAUUUUUCUGUUUUCUAUAUGUUGGUUAUAUCUUCGUCGCAAAUCAUUUUAUAUCUCUCUGACUCUAAUAGAACUCUAACCGUGUAUAAUAAAUCGUAAUUUUUAACCAUAACCUAAAGUAGAAGAAAAACUUGUAUAAUCUUUUUCUGGAAUUAAGUUGAAACACCCAAAUAACCAUAACUAAAAACCUGAUUCGUACGGAUCUUCCUUUUUGUUGAGCGCACCACUGAGAAGAAACAGAAUCAGCAGUCGGAAAAUCGGAGCAGCGCUUCACAUUCAAUAUCAGGGUCAAAAGUUCAAGACCACCCACUUCCAAGGCCAUUCUUGUAAAUCACCACUGAAGCACCGCCUAAGUGAGCCCAAGCAUUCAGCCUAUUUUGCAGCUAGUUUCAGAGCUUUAGUGCACCUUGGACGAGCCUUUAACAACACCGUUCCUAACUUUGAUCUUUAGAAUGCGUUUGAUUCAUGAGUCGUCGCUUUCGGGGGACCCAAAAGUAUCUAAUGAAACAAAUCGUGAAGAUUUUGACGUUAUUGCUUGGAGUAGCUGUCGUUUGGAUAGGCUUGUUGCAGACAUCAACAAUUCCAGAGAGUUACACUUGGCUGUUGCCUCUAUACCUCAUUAUGUCGCUUGGUUGCUAUGGUCUGUUCAUGGUUGGCAUUGGUCUAAUGAAAUUUCCCACAUGUCCUCAAGAGGCUCUUUUCUUACAGCAGGAUAUUCUUGAAGCCAAGGAAUUCCUGAAGAAAAAAGGGGUAGACGUUGGUUCUGAUUGAAUCUUGUUUAAGUCGCAAUCACAGUUGUUUACUUGUUUAACAUAUGGAAAAACACAUGCCAGUGCAUGAAUAGUUGACUUUGGAUAGUUGCUGGAUUUCAGUAGCAAGAUUUCUCAGCCGCUAAGGGGUUUUUUGAUUUUUUUUUGGCUUCAAAGCUAGUAGUUGAAGUUGGAACCAAGAGAACAAAGAGGCAUGGAUUUUUCUCGGCUCCGUUUUGGUUGUUUUACCAGUCUUUAAUCUUCAAUUCUAAGUUGUUCUAUGUUAUUAUUUGGUUAGCCCAGUGUAUGCUUCCUUUUUUGAGUGAGAGCCCAGAACUGUGGGAAUUCCCAAUUUAGUGGAAUUAAUUAGAAAUAACACAAUCUCUAACUGUCUUAAA